AUGACCUUGUUUGGGGAGGAAGUAGAGGAUGAAGAUAGGGACAAAUGGAUCGUGUGGUUUGACGACGUGUCUAAUGAACUAGGCCAUGGAGUUAGGGUAGUAUUGGUUUCCCCAGACGAACAAUAUAUACCUUUCACGACUAGGUUGGGUUUUGACUACAUGAACAACAUAGUUGAGUAUGAGGUGUGUGCCCUUGGGAUCCAAGCAGCAAUCAACUUCAAGGUCAAGUUGCUCAAGGCCUACAUCAGGAAGUUGAUAGAAUUCUUUGAUGACAUAUCUUUUCAUCACAUUCCUAGAGAGGAAAAUCAGAUGGUCGAUGCCCUUGCCACACUAACGUCCAUGUUCCAGCUAAGCCCGCACAGAGAUUUGAUGAACAUCGAAUUUAGAUGUUGUGGUAAGCUUGCACAUUGCUGCUUAAUAGAAGAAGAGAAGAAUGCUAAGCCUUGGUACUUCAAUAUCAAACGAUACAUCGAAGACAAGAAAUACCCGCAUGAGGCCUCUAACAACGACAAGAGGACAUUGCAAAGAGAAGCUGAGCAAAUGCUGGUAGAGGUGCAUGAGGGAUCCUUUGGAACACAUGCCAAUGGAGAGCUGGGUAUUACUAGCUCACUAUGGAGAGCGAUUGUUGCAUCUUUGUGA